GUUAGAUUAGGGGUGUCAUGGUCCUCAUGGACUUGACUCAGUCUUCUAUAGAAACCCAAUUCACACAUCACAAUAGAAGAGAAUAAUAUAUUUCUUCGCUGUUUUUGCUUUGUUACAUUCCCUUUGGUUUUUCCCCAAAUUUCAUCCUACCAAGUUCCGAUGUCUUCCUCGAAGACGAUCAUUUUGAAGAGUUCCGACGGGGAGACCUUCCAGGUGGAGGAGGCGGUGGCGCUUGAGUCGCAGACGCUCAAGUACAUGAUUGUGGACAACGAUGACACCACUAUCACCAUCCCCGUCCCUAAUGUAACUAGCAAGAUCUUAGGCAUAGUUAUAGACUAUUGCAAAUGCCACGUCGAGGCCGCCGCCAAGGGGACCAUUGAUUCCAACGAUCUCAAGGCCUUCGAUGCUAAUUUCAUCAAAUUUGACCAUAAAACGUUGUUUGAUCUCCUCCUGGCUGCUAAUUUCCUCGACAUCAAGAGCUUGCUUGAUCUUACCUGUCAAACUAUUGCUGAAAUAACCAAGGGGAAGACACCAGAGGAGAUCAGACAAAUUUUCAAUAUGCAAACUGCCUUCGCACCAGAGGAAGAAGAAGAGAUCCGUAGGGAGAAUGCUUGGGCAUUUGAGUGAAAUUUCAAUUCUGUUAAUUGCCUGUUUGCUUGCUUUAAUGGUGGUUUGAUAUGCAUGUAUCCUACUAAUUAAAUCCUCUUUGUUAUCAUAAUAAUGUAUGUGAUACCCUUUUUUUACACUA